CUUGUCAUCAGGACACUAAUCCAAUUUCCAUCCUUGUAAUAAACAGAUGGCUAGGUUUAAUGUUGCCAGCAUAUUAUGUAGAAUGAUUCUUUGAUGAUUCAUCACCAAGCUCCAUCAGUAUAAAUAGGGGUUUGGUGAUGCCUUGUAAAUGUACUUAGAAAUUCAGAAACUCAGAAAAUUUCAUAGAUAAAGAAGAAGUUAUUUAGAGGUUUUUAUCAAUAUAUCUAUCUCUUAAAGUUGUUCUUCACAUUCUUCAUUUCACAACACGUUAUCAGCACGAAUCUGCUCAAAAUCUUCAACCAUCAGUAUCUUCUUCAAAAUCUCCUGCAGUCUAAAAUGGCCAACAUUAGCAAAAGAGAGUUCGACGUUCUUGAUUUGUCCGGUCAAAAAUAUUUGGAAUGGAAAGUCGAUGCUCUGGCACAUCUUAAGGCUAAUGGUUUAGAAGAAACAAUUGAAGCCAAUAAUAUGUCAUCUUCCCAAGACAAAGCGAAAGCUAUCAUUUUCCUCCGUCACCACCUCCAUGAAAGUCUCAAAUCUGAAUAUCUUUUGGUUGAUGAACCAAAAGAAUUAUGGGACAAUUUACAAGAGAGGUAUGGUCACCAGCAAAAGGUACUUUUGCCAAAAGCUCAGUAUGACUGGAUCAAUUUAAGAUUCCAGGAUUUUAAAUCUAUCAGUGACUAUAAUUCUGC